AUGUCUCCCAUCACUGAAAGUUUCGUACCUGUAUCCAAGGACUCUGAUUUCCCUAUUCAAAACAUUCCAUUUGGCGUGUUUUCCACAUCUGAUAAGCCUGAGCCUCGUGUUGGUACAGCUAUUGGUGAUCAAGUGCUCGAUCUCUCAGAGGUUGCCAAGGCUGGUCUUUUGGACAACAUUGAAGGUUUGAAUGAGCCAUCCAAGAUCUUCAGUGAAUCGAGCUUAAACACCUUCAUGUCUCUUGGAAGACCUGUUUGGAAAAAGACACGUUUAGCUAUUCAAGACAUUCUAUCCAAGGACAGCACCAAAUUGAAGGAUAACGCUGAACUCGUCCAAAAGGCAUUGAUCCCCUUGACCAGUGUCAAAAUGCACUUGCCAGCCAAGAUUGGUGAUUAUACCGACUUUUACUGUUCUCGCGAUCAUGCUACCAAUGUUGGCAUCAUGUUCCGUGGUAAAGACAAUGCUCUUCAGCCCAACUGGCUCCACAUCCCUGUUGGCUACCACGGUCGCGCAUCUUCUGUUGUUGUUUCUGGCACUGAUAUCCAUCGCCCCGCCGGCCAAAAGCUCCCCUCCAAGGAUGCCAAAGCACCCAUCUUUGGUCCCUCUGCUAGAUUAGAUAUUGAAUUAGAAGUUGGAUGGUUUGUUGGCACUGGUAACACUUUGGGCGAUCGCAUUGAUAUCAAGGAUGCCCAAGAUCAUAUCUUUGGUCUGGUCUUGGUGAAUGAUUGGAGUGCCCGCGAUAUUCAAGCUUGGGAAUAUGUUCCAUUGGGACCCUUUUUAGGCAAGAGUUUUGGUACCACUAUUUCACCUUGGAUUGUUACCUUGGAUGCUCUUGAACCAUUCCUGAUCAACGGCCCUGAUCAAAGCUCCCCCGAGCCUUUAAAAUACCUCGAAGAGAAGAAGCCUUCUGCCUAUGACAUUGAACUGCAAGUUCAAAUCAAACCUUCUGAAUCCUCUAAAUUCGAGACAGUGACAGUUUCUAAUCUCAAGCACAUGUACUGGUCCAUCACACAACAGUUGGCUCAUCACACAGUCAAUGGAUGCAACUUGCGACCUGGUGACAUGGGCGCUACUGGCACCAUUUCUGGACCUGAAAAGGGAUCCUACGGCUCCUUAUUAGAAAUUACGUGGAGCGGUAGAGACAAGAUCACAUUUGAAGAUGGUGUGGAGAGACUCUUUUUGCAAGACGGAGAUCAAGUCAAGAUCACUGGUCAAGCGCAUGGCCAAGACUACAACAUUGGCUUUGGCGAAUGUAGUGGUAAAAUCCUUCCUUGCAAAUAUGCUUAA